CUUAACACUUAAACUAAGAAGUCUGUCAAAGCCACCUCCUGCCACCAUCCUCUUCUCGCAGUGUUUUACAUGUUUGAGAGUUUUGAAAAUGAUUUUCCUUUGAUCGAAUAUACGUGAAACAAAAAACAACCUAUGGGUGUUGAUCUAGCCUUUGUCUCGUGGCGAUCACAUUCAUCAAAUUAUACUAUUUCUCGUUUGGUUACUUUUUUGUGGUCCGGCCCCUGCUUUGAUGACGUAAUCUGAUAGAGAGAAAUUUACCUCCUCCCCACGGGGAAGCGACAAGAGCGGAAGCCAAACUGGUGUGAGAAACUCGGUGUUCGGCAGCACAGUCAGCCUGGUUACACUCGCAGUGCGGCUGGACGGGACGGAGACACAUUUGCGCCACCAACAAAGAGGACGUCUCACAGUUGGAAUUAAGGAGCACCUGACUGCGCACAUCUGCAAGAACCCAUCAAGAGCGGAAAUCUAAUCCAUUGAAAUCGGUGAACCAUGAGCAGCAAUUAUAGCGUCUCGCUGGCGGGCCCCGCCCCUUGGGGCUUCAGGCUGCAGGGUGGGAAGGACUUCAACAUGCCCCUCACUAUCUCCAGGCUGACGGACGGGGGCAAGGCGGCCAAGGCAAACAUCUCCGUGGGAGACGUGGUGCUGUCCAUCGAUGGCAUUGCCACUGAAGGCAUGAACCACCUAGAGGCCCAGAACAAGAUCAAGGCCUGCGCUGGGAACCUUAACCUCACCCUGCAAAAAGCCUCCAGUGUGCCAAAACCCGUGGUCCCUAAGGAUGAACCCCAGGAGAUCAUUAAACCCGUGCCCAUCACCCACCCAGCUCCUCCCACCGCACCCACCAGCACUGCCCCCAACCCUGCCUACAACAAAACUGCUCGGCCCUUCGGGGCGGGGUCUAGCGGGGGUGUGGGGAAUGUCGCUGCCCCAGUGCCCAAAGUGGCCUCCAUCCCCUCCGCCUCCUCUGCUUUCACCCCGGCCGCGCCCACUCACGCCCCUCCCCCCCAGCCUCCCUUCCCUCUGGCCAGCUCCUCCUCCCCCUCGCGCAUCUCGCCCAACCCUACCGCUAAGCCCAGCCUGGGCCGCGCCCCCUUCCCUGGCUCCUCCUCCUCUUCUUCCACCUCCUCCUCCCCUGGUAGAGUGACAGCGUCCCCUUCCACUCCUACUCCGCCGCAGCCCUCUGUCUAUAACACUCCCAUCAACCUGUACUCCAAUGAGAAUGCGUGCGAGGUGGCCAUGGGGCAGAGGCGGGGCCUGUUGGAGAGCCAGGGUGGAGCCGUGCAGCACAAUGGGGCACCCCGGAAGCCCAUCGUGGAGACGGACAUCGAGUUCUACCACGUGCCAAGCCACGGCGACGCCAGCAAGAAGCGGCUGAUCGAGGACACUGAGGACUGGCACCCCCGCACCGGCACCUCCCAGUCCCGGUCCUUCCGGAUCCUGGCCCAGAUCACUGGCACCGAGCAUGAGCUAGAGAGAAAAGACAGCGACACUGAGAAGAAGACGAAUGAUUUCGCUGAUGAGGCCAAGCCUACCAGUCAUAUCACAUCGCCUGUGAAGACCAUGACCAAAAGCCCAGCCAGUGCCCCGAGAAACGUUAACCCCUCCCCUGGCACUGCCUACAAAUCCCCUUCUGCCCAAGGCUCUGGGUACUUCAAGUCAGGCCCCCAGGUGGGACAUGUUGCCCCAUCCUAUGGGAUGGUGAGCAACAGCAACCCGAGGGCCCUGCCGCCCGAGCGCCCCAUCCCCCAGCCCCACCCAAAAGACGAGGACUCCCUUGUGCAACGGGCGGAGCACAUGCCGGCAGGAACGCGCACGCCCAUGUGCGCACACUGCAACAUGGCGAUCAGGGGUCCUUUCCUGGUGGCAAUGGGGAAGUCGUGGCACCCUGAGGAGUUCAACUGUGCACACUGCCGCACCUCCCUGGCUGACAUCGGCUUCGUGGAGGAGAGGGGGUCGGUGUACUGCGAGCACUGCUAUGAGGAGUUCUUCGCCCCGACGUGCGGCCGCUGCCAGCAGAAGAUCCUGGGGGAAGUGAUCAACGCCCUGAAGCAGACCUGGCACGUGUACUGCUUCCUGUGUUCAUCCUGCCAGCAGCCAAUCCGCAGCAACACCUUCCACCUGGAGGAUGGGGUGCCCUACUGCGAAGCAGACUAUUACAACCUCUUUGGUACAAGCUGUCAUGGCUGCGACUUCCCUAUCGAGGCUGGAGAUAAGUUCCUGGAGGCCCUGGGGUUCACUUGGCAUGACACCUGCUUUGUGUGCUCGGUGUGCUGCACCAGUCUGGAAGGUCAGUCUUUCUUCUCCAAAAAGGACAAGCCCCUUUGCAAGAAGCAUGCCCACACUGUCAAAAUCUGACCCCCCACCCCCUUCCAAAGAAGAGGAAAGGAAGAGGAUAGAAAGAAACGAUGACCUUUUCAGCCAGCUGCUGAUAUUUUUCAGUUGUUUAAAAGAUUGAUUCCUUUUAUUCUUUGGAGUUUGUUCAGCAGAGAUAUUUUUGGGUUUUGAGGGGUUCUUACUCUCUCUUUCCUGCUUUGCCAUUUCUGAUUUUUCAUGUUGUGAAUAGCCAGUGCAUACUGUUCUGAAGGGGAAGGUGCCAUUAAGGUUGGAUCGAGAACACAUCUCUCGAUGAGAUCAGACUUGAUCAGCCUGGUUCAGACAGAUAUGUAUGAAACAACAAAGCAAAAUGAACCGAAAUCCUAACUUGCUUUAAGUGCACAUCUGCCUUUUGUUUUUAAACCUUUUACAGCACA